AGGUGGCAGCCGGUGGUGCGGAAGGAGAGAGCUCGGCCGAGGAGCACCCAGCGGGAGAGGAUGGUUCUGAAAAGAGCUCCAGCAGCAGCUCGGAAGAGGGGUCAGAUGCAGAGGAGUCGGAUGGAAGAAGGUCGGAUGAGGAGCAGGAGGAGAAGGAAUCACUGCUGUGCUGCAAUGACUCAGGUAGAGUGAACUGUCUGCCACCCUGUGAGCAUUGCAGAAACGAAAAUGACCACAAGGAGCAAGUGACCCCUAGGAGGCUUGCUGGAGGACAAUAUGUGGUACGGCUGGACGUGGAGGGCAGUUACCAGUGCAGCCUCACGGGCUUGAUUUUUGAAGUCACAGGAGCCGUCAAAAUCACAUAUUCUCUCUUAUCCUGGAGCAAAUACGCCAACCUGGUGGAAAAGCCAUGGAUCGUGGGCGGCCCCCUCUUCGAUGUGCGCUGUGACGCGACCUCCGCUCUCACCUCCAUCCAGUUUCCCCACUCCCUCUGCCUCGGCGAUCAUGGUGCUGGCAUGGCCUUCAGGGUUUUGCACAUCAAAGGCGAGGGUGCAGCCAUUGAACCCUCCGCCGAGUACUCAGCGUCACACGUGAAGUGGCUGGUGAGCUCGCUCUCGCCAGUGGGACCGCUCAUCCAGAGCCAGGAGCCAGUGCAGUACCACGGUGCUGUCAUCCUCUACAAAGUUGUCGAUGAGCAUCCCUCCUUAUCCUUUCGGGUCUACGUGGCUACAAACAAUGACUCCUUUAUAAAGGAUAUCUCAAGAGCCGUAAAACAUUCAAAUAAGAAAUUCAUUAAAAUUGACAAGCCCCCUGUAUGCCAAAAAUUACUUCAGAACGGAAAGAGGUAUCGAUUAGUUUGUGAGCCAGAAGCUGAAGUAACUCCUGAGGAAAUUGAAUUUGUUGAUGGAUCUCUCUUGAAACUAAAAAGUUACAUUGAAGUUUAUUUGGAAAAACCCGACGACUUCACCUUGUCUUUGGUUGAGCUGGAGUCCGAUGCAACCGUAUGGAAAGCAAAACUACGAGAGAGUGACUGGAUCCAUUACGAUCAGAACAAAAACGAGCAGAAAAGGAGCGCAGUCAGUGUCAAAAAGCGGAAACCAGCCCUCAGCAUUUCGGAAGAAGAUGAGCUGUGUAGGAAAAAGCAAAAGACUGGCAAUACUGCAG